AUGGCGGCCGCCCUGGGAGCAGGCGGAGGAGCUGGAGCUGGAGCCCAUUACAAAAAAAACUCUGAAAGAGUCACCUUUGUGAAAGAAUGUAUAACGGUACGGCGUUUUGGAAACAUCUUCAAUAGGUGGAAACAGGACAGAAAAGGUUUAGAUAUCGAGGCAGCUCCUUCGGGUAGUUUCGCUAGUUGUACAAGCAUGAAUGAUUUUGAUAGAGCGUCUAUCCCAAAUUUUAGUAAGAAUGAUUUUAAUGAAUCCUUUACAGAUGAUGACUUUGAUCAAUUUGAUAAACCUGGUGCAGAACGGUCUUGGAGAAGAAGAGCUGCGAAUGAGGACUGGGACAGUGAACUUGAAGAUGACUUACUUGGAGAAGAUUUGCUAUCUGGCAAAAAGAAUCAGUCGGACUUGUCAGAUGAAGAGCUCAAUGAUGACCUUUUACAAAGUGAUAAUGAAGAUGAAGAAAAUUUCAGUUCUCAGGGUAUCACAAUUAGUCUUAAUACUACAUCUGGCAUGGUACCAUCUUUUGAACUGUCGGACAACACUAAUGACCAGUCUGGAGAACAAGAAUCUGAAUAUGAACAAGGAGAAGAUGAAAUAGUUUAUCACAAAUCUGAUGGCUCUGAAUUGUAUUCUCAAGAGUACACAGAAGAAGGACAGUAUGAAGGCCAUGAUGCUGAGUUGACAGAAGACCAAAUAGAAUAUGUGGAAGAGCCAGAGGAGGAACAGCUUUACAAUGAUGAAGUGUUAGACAUCGAAAUCAAUGAACCUUUAGAUGAAUUUACAGGAGGUAUGGAAACUUUGGAACUCCAGAAAGAGGUGAAAGAAGAAUCAGAUGAAGAAGAUGAUGAUGAUGAAGAAUCUGGGAGAUUACGUUUCAAAACUGAAAGAAAAGAAGGAACAAUUAUUAGGCUCUCAGAUGUAACUAGAGAGAGAAGAAACAUUCCAGAAACUUUGGAACUUUCAGCAGAAGCCAAAGCUGCAUUGCUUGAAUUUGAAGAAAGAGAGCGACAGCAUAAACAGGGACGCUAUGGUUCAAGGCGGGGAGGAAGGAGAGGAGGUUCUUUAAUGUGUCGUGGAAUGGGAGACCAGAGAAGAGAGAACAGUGAGAGGGGAAGAAUAAAAGAUCACAGACCUGCUCUGCUUCCUACACAGCCUCCUGUAGUGGAAGAGCUGAAUGGUACUCUUGGUGUAUUUAUUAAUGUUUUUUCAAAAAAAGUGCCCUUGUUACCAGUUCCAAGCCAGCCAAGACCUGCUGUAGGACCCCAGAGAUUCCCAGGCCCUCCAGAAUUUCCACAGCAUACGCCUGGGCCUGUUCCCAAUAAUUUUAGCCAGCCCCCACGACUUCCUCUUCAGGACCAAUGGAGAGCCCCACCCCCUCCUCAGGAACGAGACCCUUUCUUCUUAGGAGUUUCAGGUGAACCAAGGUUCCCAAGUCAUCUUUUUCUGGAGCAGCGAAGUCCCCCUCCACCACCACCUCCUCCUACACUUCUUAACAGUAGUCAUCCUGUUCCUACUCAGAGUCCUUUACCAUUCACUCAACCUGGACCAGCAUUUAAUCAGCAAGGGCAGCAACCAGGAUUUCCGAGAGAAAGGCCCGUAAGACCAAAUCUUCAGCCUCCAGGCCCUGUGGGGAUUCUUCACUUUAGCCAGCCAGGAUCAGCAAAUACGCGGCCUUUCAUUCCUCCUAGACAGCCAUUCUUGCCUGGCCCGGGACAGCCGUUUCUACCAGCACAUGCACAGCCUAAUCUGCAGGGGCCAUUGCAUCCUCCAUUGCCACCGCCACAUCAACCUCAGCCUCAACAGCAACAACCUCAGCAUCAACAGCAGCAGCCCCAACAUCAACCACAACAUCAUCAGCACCAGCCCCAGCACCAGCCCCCGCUUCAGCCCCAACACCAACCACCACAUCAGCCUCCACAUCAGCCUCCUCCCCAGCAUCAGCCUCCUCACCAGCCGCAGCAUCAGCCACAGCACCAGCCUCCACAUCAACCCCAGCAGCAUCAGCAUCACCACCACCUUUCUGUUCCUCCUCCACCUCUGAUGCCCAUGUCUCAGCCACAGUUUAGGCCUCAUAUGCAGACUACUCAGCCUCAACCAAAUACCAGUAGAAUGCAGUGCCCCCAGCGCCAGGGUCUAAGGCAUAACACAACUUCACAGAAUGUAACCAAACGGCCAAUUCAGCAAAUGCAACCAACUGCUCCAAGAAAUAGUAAUUUGCGUGAACUACCAAUAGCCCCAUCACAUGUCAUAGAAAUGAGUAACAGUCGUUGCUCCUCUACGCCUGCAGCUCAAGUCAAACCUAUUAUAAGCACAUCACCGCCCAUGAGAUCUGUGGUGGCUUCCAGGAAUGCGCAGGGAAAGACUGAAGUGAAAGUCAAGCCUGUUAGUCCUGUGGUUCAACCUAAAGAAGAAGCAAAAACAGAACCAGAGUUUCCUGAUGAAGAUGAAGAAACAAGAUUAUAUCGUUUAAAAAUAGAAGAACAGAAACGCCUAAGAGAAGAAAUCCUGAAACAAAAGGAGUUACGACGGCAACAGCAGGCUGGUGCUCGAAAGAAGGAAUUACUUGAAAGACUUGCACAGCAGCAGCAACAGCAACAGCAGCAGCAGCUUUAUGUCCCCCAACUCCCAGUAGAACAAGAAGAACGGACGUCUUCACCUUUACCCACCAAUGGUAACCCGUUGUUACCCUUUCCAGGUGCACAGGUCAGACAAAAUGUGAAAACCAGACUUCUUGUUAAAAACCAAGAUGUUGCUAUUUCAAGUGUUCAGCCCAAAGCAACAAGUUUUGUACCAUCUGGUGCUAAUAUACAGUUUCAAGGACAACAACUGAAACCACUGAAACAUUUGAGACAGGCCAGAACAGUACCUCAAACUCAAACUCAGCCGUCUCUCAAGGUAUUACACGUAAAACCUGCUGACAUGGAGGAAUUGCCACCUUCACCACAAACUGCCAGAGUGGCCUCUGUCCAAGGCCGGCCCCAGGAAGUAAAACCUGGAGUGAAAAGGACGGUCAUGCAGCGGGCAAACAGUGGUAGUGGAGACGGGCCGCACAUCAGCUCCAAAGUCAGGGUGAUUAAGUUGUCAGGCGGGCAGGGAGGAGAGAGUGAUGGCUUUUUUCACCCAGAGGGCCAGCCCCAGCGGCUUCCUCAGGCUCCGGAGGGGAGGCAGCAGCCUGCCCGGAAGGUCACUCUGACCAAGGGGACACUUCAGCAGCCACAACACUCGCCAGUGACCACCCACAUGCACCCAGCUAUUCCUCCAGGGAUCAAAAACAUCCAAGGAAUCCACCCAGCCAAAAAGGUCAUUAUGUAUGGGAGAGGCAGAGGAGUAGCAGGUCAGAUGGGUCGGGGACGCCUCAUGCCAAAUAAACAGAAUUUGCGAGUGGUGGAGUGCAAGCCUCAACCGUGUGUGGUGUCGGUGGAAGGGCUUUCUUCAUCAACUACCGAUGUCCAGCUGAAAAACCUGCUCAUGUCCGUAGGACCCAUCCAGAGUUUACAGAUGCUUCCCCAGCAACGGAAAGCCAUAGCGAAGUUUAAGGAACCAGCACAUGCGUUAGCAUUUCAACAGAAAUUCCACAGGCAUAUGAUAGAUUUGUCCCACAUAAAUGUGGCCCUGAUUGUUGAGUGA